AAAAUAUUUAAGAUCAUAGAAAAAUAUUAAAAAGCAAAUAAACAGAUGAUUAUUGAUUUAACAAAUGACGAAAAAGAAUUAACAGAAAGUACAUCUUCAUUAUCCUCAAUUCAAUGUUCUAUUUGUCUUGAUGCACCAAAAGAUUUGAGUGCAACUCCAUGUGGGCAUUUAUUUUGUUAUGCAUGUAUUCAUCAAGCAUUAUCAAGUGCAGGUGCAACUUGUCCUAUUUGUAGACAAAAAGUAUCACGACAACGAAUUCUUGCUCUUGAAGUGAUGCUUGCACCAGAAACUAGAGAAUAUCCAAGCAGAAAUAAGCAAAUAAGGCAUAUUUAAGCUAAAAAUAUUAAACUAUAUACAUGAAGAAAUUUCAAAAGAGCAG